UUUUGAACCUUCAAUUGAAUUCCGCUGCUCCAUCUUCACUUUCCUCCUCUCCCCUCCCGCGAACAAUAUAUAUAUAUAUAAUCAAUUUAAAAUCCAUAAAAUGUGUAUAAAUACUCUUCUUCUCUGAAUUUUUACAAACUCAAAUCAUCGCAACUGAUUGCAUAUAAUCAGCUGAAAAGGGUAAAAAGAGUUCCAAUCGGAGAAUUGCGUCAGAUUCCCCCGAACAUGGCAAUUGCCGACAGUCACCACUGCCACCAAAAGUGGAGACUAUGCCCGUUUUGGCAGUCAGCAACGGUCCCUUCUUCUUCCUCUACUCAGAAUCUUCAUAAUAACUCUCAAAAUCACAACUACCAAAUUGGCGGUGUCGGCUCCAGCAGCCGGUCCUCCUCUACCGUCUCCUCCGUUGCCAGAUCGAUUCUUCCAGCUAGACGAAGACUUCGUCUCGAUCCUUCAAGCAAUCUAUACUUCCCCUAUGAACCAGGAAAGAAGGUGAGGAGUGCUAUCAGGAUUAAGAAUUCCAGCAAGUCUCACGUUGCAUUUAAGUUUCAAACUACUGCACCAAAGAGUUGUUAUAUGCGCCCCCCUGGAGGUAUUCUUGCUCCUGGAGAAAGUCUCAUUGCUACUGUGUUCAAGUUUGUGGAGCGUCCGGAGAACAAUGAAAAGACUCUAGAUAAGAAGAGCAAGGUUAAAUUCAAGAUCAUGAGUAUAAAGGUCAAAGAAGGGACAGAUUAUGUUCCGGAGUUGUUUGAUGAGCAAAGGGAUCAAGUCACUCUUGAGCGAAUACUGUGUGUUGUCUUCUUGGAUCCAGAGCGCUCAACUCCUACACUUGCAAAGCUGACGCGUCAAUUGGCUGAAGCCGAUGCUGCUGCAGAAGCACGGAAGAAGCCAGCAGCUGACACAGGUCCACGGGUUGUUGGGGAAGGUCUUGUUAUAGAUGAAUGGAAAGAGCGAAGGGAGAAAUAUCUUGCUCGGCAGCAGGUUGAAGCUGUAGAUUCGAUGUAAAUCAUUUGUAGGGUUUUUUGAUGACAUACAACAGUAUCUUUUGCAAAUAUAUUUGUUUCCUAUUGAGGUCAUUGUAGAUAGUAAUAUUAUUAUUGGAAAACAUUUGUUUUUGAGGUAAUGUUACAGGAAUGUCCUUCUUCGGGUUGUAUUGUACUCACUUGAUUGUAGAUAGUGCCUUUUAUGUCGUUAA